AUGGCCGACCAACCAGUAGCCCCCGCCCGAGCCAGCACCCUCGAGAUGGAACGAAUCCGCUACGACCCCGAAUGGGAGAUCCCCACCAACUACCCCCCUCGCAAAAAGCCCGAGAACCCCCUCCUCGCAAAGAUCAAGUCGACCUUUACCACCACCACUCCCUCAACCCUCCCGCCACCAGCAGCAUCAGCGCCAGCCGUCGUCAACAUCGACUCAAAAGAAACCUCCCUCCCCCCAUCCACCUCCCACUCGGCCAACGGCGUCCCCCUACCCCCGGGUAAACAACACCCCGGCCUCCUAAACAGGUACCUCCCCCCAGAAAAGCGCUGCUUUGGUCAUCUCACCCGCCGUGCCUUCCUCCUGCUCCUCCUCGCCAUCCUUUUCAUCCUGGCCCUCGCCCUUGGUCUAGGCCUCGGCUUAGGUCUCCGACGCCGUCAGUCCGAAUCCAUUCCCCUCCCCUGGACCUCGGCCGGAAAGGGGGUACAAACCGGCUCCCUGACCUUUUACGACCCCUCCUCUGCCGCCGGAGCAUGCGGGUGGUACAGCUCCGAUAACGACUCUGUUGUUGCUGUUUCGCAUGCUCUGUUCGAUGCAGGGUUGGAUGCCUCGGGGACGAAAAACUCGAAUGGGAACGUGCUCUGUGGACGGAUGAUACGAGUUUGGGAGGAGGGAAAGGAGGGGGAUAAGAAGGUGGUGGAGGUUGUGGAUCGGUGUACCGGUUGUGAGGUUAGGGAUUUGGAUUUGGGGGAUGGGGUUUUUGGGGGGGUUACCGGGCAGGGGCAGGAUAGGGGGCGGGUGAGGGGGGGGUGGGAGUGGGUUUAA